AUGCAGAGCAGCAGCAAUAUUUAUAUCGAUCCAAGCAUGUAUCCCCGGUACGAGUAUGCGAAUCUGGAUAUUUCCAGUUUCGAGCGGUCCCCCACAUUUGAGCAGCCUCCAAGUUAUCCAACAUAUGAUCAACAUGUUCAGUUCUUGCCAGAAAUCGAAAACAAUGGGCCAAAACAAAAAUGUCGGGUUUGCAAUCUGGAAGCUCAUGGAAUGCACUUUGGAGUUCAAACUUGCCGGCCGUGCGCCGCAUUUUUCCGACGGAUUGUUGUACUCGAUCUCAAAUACACUUGCGUGUCAAAUACGCAGAAAUGCAAUGUCGACGGGCGUGGAAGAAAUGUGUGUCGCGAUUGUCGCUACAAAAAAUGCAUUGCCGUCGGAAUGACAACUGAUAAUGUCCAAUACAAUCGCGACAGCCACAACAACAAGAAUUCUUCUGGUUCCGGUGGUGGACGGGGACGAGGUAAAAAUAAGAGAAACGUCAUGAUGAUGCUGACUGACGAGGAGGAGGCAGCCGGAAGUAGUACUGUAAAACCGGGAGGUUCGAUAAAGGGGGACGAAUCUUUUUGUAGUGAUGGCUCUUCAUCGACGCGUGGCAAUCCUCAGUUAGAUCCGGAUGCGGAGAGACGGGACGAUGAGGAAAUGGACAAAAUUAUUAGCGAUUUGAAACAUUUAUUUGUAGAAUAUUCACCUCCUGAAAUGAUAAAUCAAUGCUCAAUUAAUCAACUUCAAAGACUUACUCAUUCUUUGGUUCUGUAUAGACAGAAUCAGCAAUCAGCUAACCAAAUAAAGUUUUGUGAUACAAUAAAUGCCUUCACCGAUGGCAAAGCACAUCUUCAACGAAAAUCCGAAAAAUUCUCAAAAUGGGUAAAAUGUGUAGACUUUUUCGAUAAGUUGUCCGAUGAACAAAAAAUUGAUACUGUUAAAAUGUCGUUUACUGUGUUUGAUAGACUUGAACGCGCUCAAAUGUCUGUGAAAAUUUUUGGCGAGAAGAGUAUUACUGAAAAAAAAACCACGUUAUCUUCUUAUUGUGCUGUUGACUGGAAAAAUGUCAAAAUCAAUCCAGAAACUGCAAUAAAUACUGAACAAGCAAAUAAUUAUGUUAAAGCUGAAUUCCACGCUCAUGUUGAUUCAAUUAUUGAUGAAGUAUGCAAACCACUUUAUGAACUUCAACUUUCUGACACUGAAACUGCAUUCAUUUUGGUACAAGUUCUUGUUUAUCACGGAGGUGAAAAAGUGACUCCUGAAUUAGUGAAAAUGUUCGAUCAACUUCGUGAGACUAUUGCCACAGAUCUUCAUCUUUAUUAUACAAAAGAAUCUCAAACAGGAACUGAUACAAAUCGAAUACUCAAAAUGAUGAGCGUUGUAAACGCUAUGAAAAAAAUUCACGCAGAUCGUGUCAGGAAAAGUGAUUUAAUACAAAUAUUCAAUAUUUAUAAAGUAUCUGAAAAACGAACCGAUUUUAAUUGUAGCUAAUUUUUCUUU